AUGUCUGCACCACACCUGUUAUCUUUCCUACACCCAGCCGCGUCUUGUAGCCCGCCUCCCAUCGCCGUGCUGACAUGGAUGCUGGCGAUGGAGGAACGGCUGGGCCGCCAGGCUGUACACAUCGCGGAGCUGGAGGCAAGGCACGACAUCACUGCUCUUCUAGCUCGCUCCUACUUCGCGAUGUCGACGUCAUGUCCGCGUUCGGAGUGGCGGCCUGUUCGCUCAGAGCCAGGCUCACAGCUGGAGUGCCUGGCUGCUGCAUCAAGCGGCCACCGCGAGAACGACGGCGACGCGGUGACGAAGCAAUUGUGCCGCGCCGCGUCCUGCGCAGAACCUCUGUCGCCAACAGCGUUCUCUCUCAGACACACACAAGCCUCUGCGCAGACUGGCGCGUUGGCACGACAAGACGAAAACGGCACACGCCGCAGCACGCCAGAGCUGCCGCUGUCUUCCUUCUGGCAGCAGCUGGCAGACCUCGAUGAUCGACUUACCGAAGUAGAGUGGACAACGGUGCACUGCGAAGGGUCGCAGCCGACGGCCGCCGCACGUCGACCUCAACAACACCGUGUCGACUCGUCCAGGCCAACGAUGGACGAUUGUGUUGCUCUUCUCGACUCUCUGCUCACAUCGCAAGAGGGGACGCGCACGCCUCAAUGGAACGCCAUGACAGCCGACGCAGAGCUACCGCGGCGACAGCAGCGGCCGUCGCAAGAGACGGAGCGCCAUCUGCCGCUGCAGCUCCACUCUCGGCAGCAGUACAUACUCAGUGUACUCGCCAAGCUUCGCGAUGCUCUGCGCAGCACCCAAGCCUCAUACAAGGCAGCCACGGGUAUCCGCACACCCGUCUCGUUGGAGACGCUGCUGCAGCUGCCACCGGAGACCUUGCCCCUUCUCAUGUGCACCGACGACGGCACGCGCGACGUGCGUCAGCCUCAGUGCAGUCAUCCCUGCGAUGCCUCUGGUGGAACAGCCGCGUGUUGUGGCCUCUUGUCCAGCACCUCUAUUUACACGCUGUGGGCCACGCUCAUGGAUGGCGUCGACACGCUCCCCUGUUUCUCGCGCGCUGUGGCAGAGGCGCUCUGGGCAGCAGUGCUGUGGAUGCAUGUGUGCGCCACUCUUGCGCCUCCCCGCCACGGCGAAACGCCGGCGUCCGCGCCUGCGGGCCGACGCAGCAACGCCGCGGGUGAAGACGCAGCACCUCACGGUCAGACGUUUUUCGCGCCCAUCGCGAGCGGCAAGGGAGAAAUACGCAGCCACGUUCGACCUCUUCGAGCUGAAGUGCAGCAGCAGCGCGCCGCUUCCGCGUCUCCGUUGCAACGCCGACCAGUAAGGAGUGAAGCAGAACCUCGACAACUGCGCUCUCCCUCGGAGGCGCGUCAGCGAUUGGCUGUACGUCAGCAGCGCGCCAUCGCCCCGACUCUGAAGAGUCGGCUGCAAGAGGAGGAGGAGCGGUGGGCGUACCGGGACUUUCCUGUCCGCCGCGGAUUCACCGCGCCGACGGUGUACGACGAUCUCUUUCCGUUGCCGACUGCUGUCUCAGCGUUUGUGAAGCCCCCAGUGUAUACCGUGCCAUCGCCGUCACUGUUGGCCGAACGGAGCAGCGGUGCUGCAGUUGCAGAGGCAAAGGAGGAGGCGGCGACAACCGUCGAACUCGGCUUCUAUACUGGGCCUGCCCGUAGGCCGCGGUCGCUCGUGUAA